CUGCAUCAUCAUCAUCCCCUCAGUAGCUCCCCUACUGAAACGUUUUUUACAUUCUCAUAAUAACGUUGAAAAUAGUAGCCGUUUGUACUUUUGGCUACAAGCCCUGUUAGUACAGCCAAUAGUCCGGUAAGAGAGAUACUGGCACGCAGCUCUUUAAAGUAAUAAUUGCGGAAAGCUUAUAAACCUGGAUUUCCAGACCUACAGUUUAUUUGGCAUUCGACUGCGUCGCAGAACUGCGAUCUAGUUUUGAUGCACCUUUUUGAACCAGCCAUGUUUAUAGCAGCGCCGAGCCUCAUUCGCUAGAAGUCAACUUGAGCCCGGAACUCAGCCGGACCAGAAAGGAAAUGGCAUAUGUUUCCAGCCGGUGCUAAAUCAAGGUUCCGCGGGUAUAAUGGCGUCGAUGCUCUUACGCCCGCUGCUUCUCCAUACUUCUCAGCGGCUGUUCGCGGCGGCGAAUGGAGCCGCCUUGCUUCGUUCUCAGCCGCGCCGAAACAAAAAGCUCUGGCUCCAAGCUUAUCUGAAGCAGCAGCGUUUGCUUGAGCCUCCCAGGCGCCGGUCUGAGAAGCCUAACUGGGAUUACCAUGCAGAAAUAGAAGCUUUUGGCCACCGGGUACACGAGACAUUCCCACUGGACCAACUCAAAACUGCAUUUGUUAACCCCUGCUAUAUAAAAAAUGAAGAAUCUAAACACCAAGAACUUGGACUAAAAAAAGUAGACCUUGCUCUUAAUCUCAAGGACAAUCAGGAACUUUCUUUACAGGGAGCUUCCUUUUCGCACUCUUAUCUUACACGGUGCUUUGAAGAAGCUUUUCCAAAAAUGCCACCUGCUGGCAUUGAGGCUCUUGUUAACUAUCUCACCAGUGAAGAAAUAGUAUCUUACAUUGCUACAAACCUGUCUUUGCAAGACUUGACACUUUGUGCAGAAUUUCCUGUGCCACCUAAGGUGCUGCAGAAGACUCUUUUUGCUGUAAUAGGAGCUUUGCUUCAAGGUAACAGCUCUCAAAGAACAGCGAUCUUUAUCAGAGACUUCUUCAUCCCUCAGUUGAUAGGAAAGGAACUAUUUGAGAUGUGGAACAUUGUAAACCCCAUGGGCUUGCUGCUGGAAGAACUGGCCAAAAGGAAUAUAACUGCUCCAGAACCAAGGCUAACCAGGCAAUCAGGAGCUACCACUGCUUUGCCCUUGUUCUUUGUUGGGUUAUAUUGUGAUAAGAAGCUUCUAGCUGAAGGUACUGGUGAAACAGUAUUAGCUGCUGAAGAAGAAGCUGCUCGUGUGGCCUUGCGAAAACUUUAUGGAUUCACUGAGAACAGACAACCCUGGCAUUACCCUUCUUUGAAAUGCGAGAAGAAAACUGAAAAAGCUAUUAGCAGUAGUUAGGCAAAAAAAAAUCAGAUCAUUUGCAACAAUACUGUAUUUCAGGAAGAACUUUUUUCCUUCUCUUCCGUUAGAUUUAUCUAAAUUAGAAUGCUUUGAAUAAAAGUGAUCUAUCAAACGAUUCAUAA